AUGCGAACACCCCAAAACGUAGUUGCUUUGUUUCUUUGCGUUCUGAGCCUUUGCAAACUUUCCUCUUCGCAAUUCCCUCGGGCAUGUACCUCUACGGACUCACUCACCAGGAAGGAGUGUUGCCCAGUUUGGAGUGAGGAUGGGUCCCCGUGCGGGCAGCUUUCUGCCAGAGGAUCGUGUGAAGAUGUGUCAGUGAUCUCCACUCCCCAUGGACCUCAGUUCCCGUUCUCGGGUGUGGAUGACCGUGAAAACUGGCCAGCGGUCUUCUACAACAGAACUUGCAGGUGCAACGAAAACUUCAUGGGCGUCCACUGUGGAGACUGCAGAUUUGGCUAUACUGGUGCAAAUUGCACGCAGCAACGCAUGUCCAUCAGGAAAAACAUAUUCCAUCUAACUACCACAGAGAAGAAUCAGUUUUUUGCCUACCUCAACCAAGCUAAGUACACGGUCAGUGAAAACUAUCAGAUCGCCACAGGAACUUACGCCCAAAUGAAUAACGGCUCAAAUCCCAUGUUCAAGGACGCGAGUGUCUACGAUCUGUUUGUUUGGAUGCACUACUACACUUCCAGAGACGCUCUACUGGGUGUGGCCGGCGUUUGGCCAGAUAUUGACUUUGCCCAUGAAGGCCCGGGAUUCCUCACCUGGCACAGAGCCUACAUGUUGUUGUGGGAACAUGAACUCAGGAAGUUAGUGAACAAUGACAACUUUACCAUCCCCUACUGGGAUUGGAGAGAUUCACAAAACUGUACUAUCUGUACUGACGAGUAUAUGGGGAGCGGCCAUUCCACAAACUCCAAUCUUCUCAGCUUUGCAUCCGUCUUUUCUACAUGGCAGGUAAUUUGCACCAAACCAGAUGAUUACAAUCGCCGUGGAGUUUUAUGUGAUGGCUCUCCUGAAGGACCCAUUCAUCGAAAUCCAGGGAAACAGGAUAGCAAGCGGACUCCAAAGCUUCCAAGCUUGUCAGAAGUGGAAUACUGUUUAAGUCUGACCGAGUAUGAUACUCCACCCUUUGAUAAGUUCGCCAAUUACAGCUUCCGGAAUACCUUAGAAGGUUUUGCCAACCCAGGUGAUGGGAUAGCUAAUAUAUCACAGAGUGGUCUGCAUAAUGCCCUACACAUUUACAUGAAUGGAUCAAUGUCCAGUGUUGGUGGUUCAGCAAAUGACCCAAUCUUUUUACUUCAUCAUGCUUACAUUGACAGCAUAUAUGAGCAAUGGUUACGGAGACACCAGCCUCAUCAGAUAACUUUCCCAGCAAGUGGUACGCCAAUAGGCCACAGCCGUGACUAUUACAUGGUGCCUUUCAUUCCCAUCUACAGAAAUAUUGAAUUCUUUGUUUCAACGAGAGAACUUGGAUAUGAUUAUGAUUAUUUGAUUGAAUCAGUACCACCCUCAGUUUCAGAAAUUCUGGCUUUCUAUCUACAAGAAGCCAAGCAGAUCUGGCCUUGGCUGUUAAGUGCUGGAGUGGUUGGCUGUGUGGUGACUUUGCUGUUAAACUGCAUUAUUAUACAGAAUUGUAAGAAGAAAGAGAUCUCUACUCUUGAAGAGAAACAGCCUUUGCUCGGUGCUCGUGAUGAAUACCAUGAUGUAACCUACCAAACAUCUAUGUAAAUUGUCUGUUCAACAUAAAAGUAAUGACACUAAUAAAAAUGCAAAUCAUUUGUGAAAUGACUAUCACACUUUACCUGAAAUCAUAAAAAUUAUUUCAUUAUCUUACACAGACAAGCCAGCUACUAAUUUUAUCAAAUUUAAAUUCUGGGUACAUACCUUCCCUAAUAUUGAGAUGUUUCUGAAACCACUAAAGGCUAAACCAUAGAGUACAUUCUCCUACUGACCAUUUUCCGCUGUCAAUUCUAUGACAACAGCUUAAUGUCUUCAUUAUUCACAGCAAAGAAAUAAAGGUACCCUGAAAAGUAUCUUGUUGUAGGUGCCACAGAUUUGGUUUGGUAAUAUGCUAACAUUGUAUUCUGCAUUAAUAACAUAGUAUCCACAUCAUUUAUAUGAAACUAGGUCAAUAUUUGAAUGUAAGUACAGGUUGAGUACUCCUUUUCCAAAAUUCUGAACUCUGAAAUCCGAUGAGCACUGACAUGGCGUCACAAAUGGAAAAUUCCACAGGACGCUGGGAAGGUUGCCCAGUGAUGCAAAAGUCCCUGUGAACCACAGACUGUUCUGAGAAGUAAACUCACAUAUGUGAUAAACAGAAGUUAAUAAAAAAUAGAAAAGCAUUGCAUGAAGUGAAAAUUAAAGAUCUUGACCAUGUAUUGAAAGAGUGCGUUCCUCAGCGUCCGAGUGAACAGAUGCUGCUUAACAGUAUACUGAUCAUAAAACAUUUAUCACGACAAACUGAAAAUUGAAGGUAAUUGUUAAUAUUGAACAGGCUGGUUGCAGAAAUUUAAGAAAAGGCACAGCAUUAAAUUUUUUAAAGAUUUGUGGUGAUGAAGUGUUUGCUGAUCAUGAAGCAGCAGAGAAAUUCAUUGAUGAGGUUGCCAAGAUCAUUGCUGAUGAAAAUCUCACACGCUCAAUGGCUGCAUCAGUAAAUACAGCGUGAUGAAGUGUAAGACAAAGACAGCUUACUGUUUACACAUAUAUUCAGAGUCUGAAAUGAUGGCAGUCCAUAGCUAUCUUAUUAUAUAUUCUAAAAUCUGAAAAAUGAAACACUCCUAGCCUCAAGCAUUUCAGAUAAGGGUUUCUCAACCUGAUCACUUUCUCAGCUCUCCAAUGAACUGAGGCUCCAGCUGCAGUGUCUUUCGUAAAACUUCAUUUCUGAAUACUACUUGCUUACUUUUACUGUUUGCAUGCUUUGUGUUUUCUUUUUGUCUACACAUUGGGUGUAUGAUGGUAUUUUUAUUGUAUAGGGGUUCUUUUGCAGCUUCUUUG